AUGAAAAGUGCCGUACUAGCGGAGCCGGCGAAAAGUUUGAGGGAAGUCUACACUGGAGUGCUAACAGCCACCGUGAACACUUUACGAGUCACUCACAACGAAGAGGAAAUCGGGGCAGCUGUCCCAGGCUUCGAAAGCGUACGCAGUGUACUCCAACGAUCACGCGCCAAGGUCAGGCCACUGCUGCCUCGAUCUCGUGAAGAGAUUGACCUGGAUGCUCGAUGGACUCACACACUGACGGGAGCAAGGUUCCUUUUGUUUGAUGAUGGCAGUAUCAAUAGAAUUUUGGGAUUUAGUACGAACGAGCUCAUCACCUCGUUAUGUGAAGCCUCGACCGUUUUCAUGGACGGAACUUUUAGAGUUGUUCCAACCAUCUUCACCCAGCUCUACAGCCUCCAUGGCUUCUUCAAGGGUGAAAUGGUUCCCUUUGUGUACUUCUUGUUGCCGGAUAAAUCAAAGGAAACCUACGUCAGAAUGUUCAAUCUUGUGAAAAGAUACGCAAUGUCUAUCGGGAAGAGUUUCGAUCCUCCUGCAUUCCAAUUAGACUUUGAGAUCUCCGCCCUGAAAGCGCUAGAGGAGUGCUUCCCUCGUUCAGAAAGAGAGGGUUCUUUGUUUCAUUUCAAUCAAAGCCUCUGGCGCAAAGUGCGGGAGUUGCGGCUGAGUGCCCACUACGGGGAUUCAGAAGUGAAGCGUUUCAUUCGAUGUACUGCUGCGCUGGCUCUAGUGCCUCUAGAUCGCGUAGAAGAUGCUUGGUUGGAGAUAAAAAGCGACUCGCCAACUUUCGAACACCCGGCGUACCAAAAGCCGGAAGACUUCAAAAUGUACUUCAUUAACACGUGGAUGGAGAAUGAAACUGUAUUCCCACGGAAAAUCUGGAAUCAAUAUAGAAAUUUCGGUGCUCGCACCACUAACCAUCUGGAAGGAUGGCACCAAGCGCUGAAUAGAGAUGUGAAAAGAAGUCAUGUCAACCUAUUUGAGAUGAUCGAGCAUCUCCAGAAACAGGAAGACAAAUUUCGGCUCGACAUGAUGAGACUCCGUAUGGGGCAAGGUCCCCCAACUCUGACUAAGGUUUAUCGUAGACUGAACGACAGACUGAUCAGACUGACGGGAGAAUUCGAGUCUGGAGCAAGGACUCUUCUUGACUACGUGAGGGGAGUAGCUCACAAUCCCCCGUCGAUGUAA